UCCUCUCGCAGAGGGGCGGACCAAUCACAGGCCCAAGGCUUGCUAGUUGUUCCUUUAAAGCACCUGUCUUCAUAACACCUGGCAGACGAGAGAACUGCUUUACGCAUGCUCCCACUCUUUCAUAUCCUAUAGAGACGCGCUGCCCUUCAACCAAUGGUCUUCAAAUCUUUUCAGAGAUAAAAAAGCCGCUGCGUCCGUGGAUCUGACAGAUUGUCCGAUUCUCACUAAUGACUGAGGACAUAUGAGGCAGCGACCAGAGGAGACACAAUGCCUAGGUCUUUCUUGGUGAAGAGCAAAAAAGCGCACAGCUACCACCAGCCGCGAUCUUUGGAGGAUGACUACAACAGACUUGAUAAUAUUUUGGCUCAUAUAUGUGCAGAAAGUAAAACUUCAGACGAGUCGGAGUGCUGUGCGGAUGCUCUGACGGGCGACACGACUGGCGCUGGUUCACCAGACUCUCACCUGCUGGAUCAAGCUGAUCUUUCCCCCAAGUCUCCUCACAGCUGUGGGGAAAGCGUGUGCGACCGCUCGUCAGACUACGAGGACUUUUGGCGACCACCAUCACCAUCAGCAUCACCUGAGUCAGAAAAGUCAUUUUCACCCUCCGUGGAGGAAACACAGCCCUUCGCUGUCCCCUUCAGGCCUUAUGCGUGGAGCAGGUACUCGGGGUGUGAAAUCAGGCAGCUGGUCCAGCAUACCCUGAACCAUCACCACUCUCUGGAUCUCGAGCGGCCUACUCCAACCUAUUACAAUGAGCGCGUGGCCGAGCCCUCUAUUUUCACUGAACGAGGAUCUGGCGCAAGCAUUUACAACAGCUAUGGCUCCACUGCCUCUCUGUUCGAGCGCGCCACUGCUUCUGGAAUCUUUGAUGACAGCAGCAUGUUGGGAAAAGGAACUGAGAUGAAAUCCAGCUCUGAUGUGAUCUGCAGUCGUCUCCUGUUAAAUGGCGCAUACAAAUGUAUAAAAUGCAGCAAGGUGUUUUCUACACCCCAUGGCUUGGAAGUUCACGUCCGGAGGUCGCAUAGUGGAACAAGACCGUUCGCUUGCGACAUUUGCGGGAAAACGUUCGGACACGCGGUCAGCCUGGAGCAACACAGAGCUGUUCACUCACAGGAGAGAAGCUUUGAUUGUAAAAUCUGUGGGAAAAGUUUUAAAAGGUCAUCCACCCUGUCCACUCAUCUCCUUAUACACUCCGACACACGGCCAUACCCGUGCCAAUACUGCGGAAAGAGGUUUCACCAGAAAUCAGAUAUGAAGAAACACACAUUUAUCCACACAGGGGAGAAGCCACACAAGUGUCAGGUGUGUGGGAAAGCAUUCAGUCAGAGCUCCAAUCUGAUAACGCACAGUCGGAAACACACUGGAUUCAAACCGUUUGGAUGUGACCUUUGUGGAAAAGGAUUCCAGCGCAAGGUCGAUUUAAGAAGACAUAAGGAAACACAGCACGGACUGAAGUGAGGAAACAUGCGUCCCUGAGAUCCAGACUUUACCAAACACUAUUGGACAAAGACUUUAGGACAAAUGCUCAUUCAUAAAACAUAAAAUCAGUGUUUUAGAGUAGGCGACUAAUAGCGUUUACAUUAGGUGUAGAAGCUGUUUAUGCUUUUGAGAUUUGCCUACUAGUCAGCAACAGGCCAGCAGGUCUGGCAGCUUUCAUGAUAUACAGGGUAUCACAGGGUAUCUUGAUGCACAUCAAUAGCCCGCUGAAAGACAUCGUGUCUGAACCCAAAAUAUUAUCACCAAAAUAAUCAGGGACGAAAUAUAACCGCCGCGAGAAAGGACACAGUAUCACCCAAAAUAUCAGCUGAAGGAGAGAAAAAUCACCGCAUCUCAAAAGAAUGUCACUUUGUUUUUAACGCUGCAAAAGCUAUGCUGGCAAAACAAGCACUACAAUAGACUGCGAGAUUUCAUCAAUAAAAGGAUUGUUUGUGUACUAUAGCCCAACUUUAGCGAUUUAGCUUGACGAACCAUUUCCAUUGUGUAUACCAUUUUCAAGAAAAUAAA